AUUUCUCGCAUCAAAACACAGCAGCGCUUCUCUGGUGGGAGUAGAAAAUCAUGGCCGGCGUUAUUAACUUCCGAUCGCCGCUCGUUUGCCGACCAUCGAUUCCAUCGAUAAAUCUCAACCGUCGGAUCUCUCUCAGGGUUUCUGCAGAAUUGCAAGAAGCUCCUCUCCCUUCUUCUUCUUCCACUUCCGUCAGUACUCCAUCUCCGAUCCUCUCUCCUCCUGCGGAUUUCAAGCCUCCGCAGCCGAAGCGGUUCGCAAUUCGUCCCGACAAGAUCAUAGACAUCCUGACGGCUUCUCUGGCGUUGAUUUUCCGCCUCGGCACUGGAGUUUUUGUUCAGGGAUAUUCAGCAUCUUUUGUAUCUGAGGAUGAGAUCCCACCUGGAAAGUAUGCUUUGAAGAUUGCAGGUCUGACAAUGAAAGAGACCUCAAAAUUGGGCCCACGUCCGGAGAAGCCUAUUGAAAUAUAUGAGUUCGAAAGCUGUCCAUUCUGUAGAAAGGUUAGGGAAAUCGUAAGCUACCUGGAUCUUGAUGUGUUGUUUUAUCCCUGCCCAAGAAAUGGUCCAAACUUCCGUGCCAAGGUUUCUCAGAUGGGUGGAAAACAGCAAUUCCCUUACAUGGUGGACCCAAACACAGGCAUUGCAAUGUAUGAAUCAGAUGACAUAAUCAAAUAUUUGGUUGGGAAAUAUGGUGAUGGAAGCACUCCUUUGAUGUUGUCACUUGGGCUGCUAACUACUCUAACUGCAGGAUUUGCCAUGAUUGGUCGAAUGGGGAAGGGCUCUUUCUAUACUCCUUCAAAACUCCCACCGCAACCCCUCGAAUUAUGGGCAUAUGAGCCAUCCCCCUUCUGCAAAGUUGUGCGCGAAGUUCUAGUCGAGUUAGAACUACCACACUUACUUCACAGCACUGCUCGUGGCAGCCCAAAGCGGCAAACCUUAUAUGAGAAGGCAGGGCAUUUUCAGGUACCUUAUUUGGAAGACCCUAACACUGGAGUGAAAAUGUUUGAAAGUGCAGAAAUUGUAGACUAUCUGAGAGCAACUUAUGUUCUUCCAGCACCAGCGGCAACAGUUUCCUAAGUUUUUAGAGGUUCUCUACUUUCUCACUCAUUUACUCUUGUGCAUUUGUAUGUAUCUUUCAACUUUUGAGGAUCUCUGUCUGCCAUUGAAGUAGAUAUAUUUGGUUGCAAACAGAUGUACAUGUAAUAUAUAGACCGCCAAUAAAUAGAAGCGUGUAAUAUAUAGACCGCCAAUAAAUGGAAGCGUUUUACUUGUGCACA